CGGCGUGCUGGUCGCGCAACGAGCAACGAGAGCCCCCCGGCGGACACCGCGACACCGCGACGGCCGCAGGCAGGGCCGCGUUCACACAGGACCGCGCGAGUGGACGCGCCGCAUCGCCGCAUCGCACCGCAGGCUAGGUGCCCGUCACAGCCCCGAGGGCCCCACGCCGCGUCCCACGCCCACCGGCCCGCGGACAGGACACCCAUUCGGCGAGGGUUCACGGCGACGAGGUUGCUGGUCCAAGUGCAAUAUGGCGACGACUCAGCGCGAGGAGACGCCCAUGGUGGCGCUGGAGAACGGCCCCGAGCUGAACGGCGGUAGCGCGCCCCGCGAGGAGGGCGAGAAGCUCAUGCAGUACGUCGCGGGCUUCCUGGCAACCCUCGGCGCGCUGGCCGCCGGCACGGUCCUGGCCUGGACGGCGCCCACGCUCGAGGCGCUGCAGGCCGACGACUCGUUCCUGCCCGUCUCCCCGGACCAGGGCUCCUGGAUCGGCUCCCUGAUGCCCAUCGGCGCAGGCAUCGGCGCCGUGCCCGCGGGCCCGCUCACGGACAAGCUGGGCAGGAAGGUGACCAUGCUGGCCCUGUCCGUGCCCUUCGUUAUCAGCUGGCUGCUGAUCCUCUUCGCCAGCAACGUGCCCAUGCUGUACGCCGCGCGCUUCAUCGGCGGCCUGGCCACCGGCGCCACCUCCGUGGCCGCCCCCAUGUACGCCGCCGAGAUCGCCGAGGUGUCUAUCCGCGGCACGCUCGGCGCCUUCUUCCAGCUGCAGGUCACCAUCGGCAUCCUGCUCACCUUCAUCGUGGGGGGCUUCGCGUCGUACACGGUCCUGGCCGCGGUGAGCAUGAUGGUGCCCAUCGUGUGGUGCGUGGCCGUGCUGCUCCUGCCCGAGACCCCGCUGCACCUGCUCAAGUCCGGGAAGCCCGCGGACGCGGAGGCCGCACUGCGGAGGCUGCGCGGCGCGUCGUACCGCGGCGCCAAGGCCGAGCUGGGGGAGAUGCAGCGCAACCUGCAGGAGGCCGCGCGCAACGACGCGUCCCUCGGAGAUAUGCUGAAGUCCCGCGCCGUCAUCAAGGCCCUCGUCAUCUGCCUCGGCCUGAUGGUGUUCCAGCAGGUCUCCGGCAUUAACGCCGUCAUGUUCUACACCGUGACCAUCUUCAAGGCGGCGGGCAGCACCCUGGACCCCAGCAUCGCCACUAUAAUCGUAGGCGUGGUGCAGGUCCUGGCGACGCUGGCCGCCGCGCUGCUGGUGGAGCGCGCGGGUCGCCGCAUCUUGCUGCUGGGCUCCGCCGCCAUCAUGUCCGCCAUGCACAUCCUGCUGGGCGUGUACUUCUACAUGAGCGAGUCCGGCUCCGACGUGUCCAAGCUGGGGUGGCUGCCCCUCAUGUGCGUCGUGCUGUUCGUGGUGGUGUUCAGCCUCGCCUUUGGGCCCAUCCCCUGGAUGAUGGCCGGCGAGAUCUUCACCAACGAGGUCAAGGGGUCCGCCUCCACCGUCGCGGCGGCCGUCAACUGGAUCAUGGCCUUCGCCGUCACCAAGGUUUUCGGCACCAUGAUGACGAGCAUCGGCACGGCGGGCACCUUCUGGACCUUCGGCGGCUGCUGCGUGGCGGCCACCGUGUUCGUCCUGGUGCUCGUCUUCGAGACCAAGGGCAAGUCCCAGCAGGAGGUGCAGGACAUCCUGAGUGGCAGAAGGUCGCGGUAGUCCCUCGUGCACCUCGAGGCUUCCUGCAAAGUACCGAAAAAUACGUAACGCAGACGUUGCGCGGGAGCACUGGACUGCAGCAGGUAGUGUAGCUUCUCCCAUGUCGCGCUUGCUGCUCUGUUAGAAAAGUAAAAUCGAACCACUAAGUAUUCAUCGUAAAGACCGCUUCUUCAUGAUUGGUCAAUACGCACAAAACUCAGGAAAUCGAAUAAAUUUCAAUAGGUUGAUGAAACCAGGUGGGCCAGAACCGUCGCGUCACUUGGACGGUGUUUCUAUCCCAGCUGCUUUAGUUUUGUAAAAGUGUGGCCGCCUUGCGGUUUUGUUAUGUAACCCAGUCUGGAUUGUCACAGUGAUACCAGGACAAUCAUUUUAAAAACGCCCAUCGCUAUACUUAACGCUAUCUCGUGCCAUAUCACCUAUUAUAUAGUCAUCGUCAUAAGUGUAAAUUAUCAUUCUCGCGUGUAUACUCAAUUUCUCAAGAGUAGUUUUGCUGUGCAAAUCUGAAGACCUCAGUUGUUAGUUUGCCCCCAAAAUGCCUGGACUGAUUUUGGUUUCAAAUUUGAGGAAGAGUAUUCCGUGUAUUAUUUUGUAAGUAGCAGAUAUUAUUUGUUAAUAAAGAAAGUAAGAAAAUACA